UUCAGGAAUUUAACAAUUCACAAACUGUUAUCUUCAAAAAUUUAUAAAAAUGGGAACACAUAUCAUUACCCUUCAAGUCUUCACAUUUCUAACUUUAGUAACAGAUUACCCCUUUACAUUCUUACCACCACAACCACAAAACAUUCUAAGCACAAAACAAAUCGUCUUAUUAAAUUCCAUUUGUUCCCAGUAGAAUCCAAUCAACAAUUUAAUCUCUCUCGGUUGUCGAUAUGCUACAAAUGAGUAUUUCGAAACGUGACAAACAAGUUUCAUUAGAGAUUCACGUCGCUGCGAUUAAUGAAUCACAGUGAUAAAUUAUGGUAAUUUAAAUGGACUGUAUACAGGGGAAAAAAAGAGUGACAAUCUGAGAAUAGAUGUCAAGGAUUUCUUCUCUAACCAACAAGACGAUAACACUUCGAUUCUCAUACGUUAUACUAAUCGAUUUUAUGACGUAAAAAACUCAAAUCUUUUAUCUUACAUAAGACAAAAUGUCUGGUUUAGAAAAAACGACGAAUUUGGGUGUUCGAGUGGAAAAAUUCAAAAAAAGUUUCUUCAAGUAUUAUCUGAAAAAUUGUCCUACACUGUUUCAUAUUUGCUACGAUCCCAUAGGCACUCAUAAGAAGGCACGUGCUUUUGUAGGAUUUUUACUUGGAUUCUUUAUGGCUGUACUUUUGUACGAGGGCAUUAUCGUUGAUUUGGGGUUUGAUAGAUAUACUAGUUUGAGUCUUGGUGCUAUUGUUGUAGUGAUGCUGUCAGUUGGAUGUGCUGCUUCAAUUCAGGUCAGAUGCGUUUGCCUUUUGACAGUGCCAGCAUUUUUUGGUCGUUCAGGUCGCAGUAUGCUAAGAGCGUUAGUUCUAGCGUACAUAAUAGCUGGGCCAUUAUUUAACUUGAUGUAUAACGCGAAAGAAGUGAUGAGGACAUUUGCUUGCACCUCACAAUUGACGUACAAUCUCACCAAAACACGAUUUGAUCUGAUGUUCAAACCUUUUCAACAGGCCAUUCAUGCUAUGAAAGCAGACGCGAAUGAAAUAAAAGACACCUUAUCUUCCGUGAGAGACUUAAUGAGCCCCAUCGUGGAAGAAGUCGAAGGAGAGGAAGAAAUGCGGCGACUGAAAGAGGAAAACGAUUACUUGGAUGAAUUACAAGGUGACACAAAGAGAAGCCAGGAAAUCGAGGAGAAACACGAGAAACAAAUCGAGAAUGCUAAAACCGAUGCUGACGUAUUCGAAGCUAAAUACAAAAAGAAAAUCGAAGCAAGAUGCGAGGAACAACUUAGCAAGGGCGCAACAAGAUGUAGGGACAUGUUUGGCGAUGCUUAUAACAAAUGUUACGAAAAAGUGACCGUCUUUGUUGCGUGGCUCCUGUGUUGGCCUAUGAAGCUUACUUUCGUUUGCAAUUUAGUUCAAGCACUCGGAGGUUCAAGCAUUUGUGAUCCUGAAGGAAAAGUCGAUAGCGGUAUCGGUGAAGGAUAUGCUGCUCUAAAAAGUACCCGAGACGAGCUCAGCAGGAGCUUAAAAGACGCAAAACUUCAGUACAAAAUCAAGAAACCAGCCGUGAUUUUGGAUCUUCAAGACUCAGCCGAGGCUGCAAAGGCUGUGAUGCACCAAUUCGCCGUACGAAGAAAACUUUUCGAGACCGUGAUGAUAACCGUGAAAAGAUGCUUAUCCUUCGUGUUUCUAAAAAUCAUUUUGAAUGCUCAAAAAUACCACGAUAAGUAUCUGACGGAAAUUGAGCACGAUAAUAUUUAUGUGACGCCUUACUUCCGGAGAAUCGACGCAAGAAGAAAAGCACGUGGCAGCAUGACGCUGUUGCCGCUGAAGAAAAUUGAAAGAAAAAAAUUUGUUGAUCCUUAUAGCUGGAAACCUAGUUCUGCUGAAGGUUUUCAUUUGGUAGGACAAACGGUGAAAUUGCUCCUUGAACUAAUUACGGCGACCAUUUUUGUUAUUUUGGAUUGGCUGUUCUUUGAAGCGCUGGAUUUGAUCAGGAGACAUGCUUAUGUAGAGUAUACUCAGACAGGUCACCACGACCUCCUGCUAGAAAUUCGUGGCACAGGAGUGAUAGCAAACCUAAUACGAAGCGCGAUUCGAGGUUUCAACGUAAAAAAGCACAUCAAAACAGUGGUUACAAACGAAGCGUGUCUCCCAAAACCAACGAAACUCUCCACCUACGUGAUCCUCAAGAUCUACGGAACGUUCCUAGGGAUUUUCUUGCUAAUCUUCGCAUCCAUCUACACCCAGCGUACUCGCCGAGGGAUUUGUUCCUUUUUCUAUCGAAAAAGAGAGAAGAGACGAGUGCUGUUUCUUUAUAACGAGAGUCUACGACGCAGACUCUCUUUCGCGAAAUUUAUGAAGGUGAAAGUGAGGAGUAUGGUGAGGACGCGUCGUUUGGAAUACGAGGUAGACUUUUGGAUGGCUCUGAGGUUAAAAUGGCCGGAUCGUUUUGGAUGGCUGCAGUUUUUCGAGUGUGCUAGGGAUAGGUGUUUAAUUUGUGAGGAAGUGGAGCCUAGAAGAGGCCCAAAACAUAGACAAUGCACUACACCUGGUUGUCCUUUUGUUCAUUGUGCAGAAUGCUGGAGGGAUGUAGGGAAAGUGUGUUACGCUUGCGCGGAGUCUUCGGAUACGGAUUCGGAAGAGUACGAUACUCAACGUAGCGAUUUUUAAUUUUUAUCUAUAUACUCUUACUCUUAUUUUUAUUAAUAUUCUUGCAAUUUUAAAAAUAAUUUAUGUUAGAAGGUUAUGCCAUUUUGGAGGCAAAAUGAUAGUUUUUUGAGAAAUGUUCUUCGGAUGUACUUUUGUGUCAUUUGGAGUUUAGAGAGGACGCAAAAUGUCGGCGCAUUGCUGCCAUUUUGAUGUUUAAAUGUCAGCUUUGAAGUUAGUAUGGCUAUUAGGACAGUUUUUAAUAAAAGUUAUUUUAUUUAACUAUGGAAGAUUUAACAAUUUUGAAGCCCAAACUUCAAUUUAAAA